CGACAAUUCCAUUGCCUCCCUCUCAGCACUUCUACUUCCUAGCGCUAAACUUACAACAUCCAUUGAAUUGAAUUUCCCCAGAAUAAUCCCCCGCGGUCCAAAUGUCCGCGCCCCAACCCCCACUAACCCCCGAGCAACGCCUCGCCUUGCAACAAAAAGCCCGCUACGAAUCCCUCGCCCGGACAGCUGCCAUCGGCGGCAUAAUUAUAUGCCCCCUCAUCGCCGUCCUCCCGCCGCGCAAACUCGACAUGUACACCUUCGGUCUCGGCAUAUGUUUCUACCUCUCCGCCGACCACCUCUCCACAAGCUACACCGGGCGGUCACUUAUCGAGAACUAUAGCUGGAAGAUGCGGGAUGUGGGAAGUGCAUUGCCGACAGAGAGAGCGAGGGAGUUUCAGAGGAUGCAGGAGGAGAGGAAGGCGAGGGAGAGAGAGCAGCGGGGUGAGGGUGGGGUAGCGGAUGUGAAGAAGGGGGUGUUGACUAGAAUUUGGAUGGGGGGUGAGAAGGAGGGCUGGAGGGAGAGGAGGAUGCAGGAGGAGAGGGAGAAGUUGGAGCGAGGGGAGAGUUAUACAAGUAUGAUUUUGGAUCAGAUUUGGGAAGUGUGGAAUUGGGAUAAGAAGAAGCAGGAGGGGGAGGGGGAGAAGAAGGAUGGUCCGAAGAAGUCGUGAGAUGGGGCGGCUGAGUGAGGGAGGGAAAUUGCUUGGGGUGUGGUAAAGAUAUUGUACACUAUGGUGUGGGUGUGUUAAGGGGCAGCAUUUCUGGGAGCUUGGACAUUCGACUAUACCGUUACAUUGACUUCGUCUCGUUCACAAUCUCAGUAGGGCUCCUACGACACGUCUGAUAUUUCCUAGACAUCUAAGAUUAUGUCGCCAUGGUUAAUGUUGCCUCUCCUCUCCGGGAUAAGCCAUUCUUCUUUUGGGCACUGUCAAUCGUUGUCUCUGCUUGUUACUUCAUGGGUGCUCACCCGCAGCUCAAAGCUCCCAAUGGUUCUGCUUUCAUACCAAAGAGCCGAAAGACAAGUACCGGAUGAGUGGUUUAGAUUGCUCGUUAAUGCCCCUAUCUGCUAUUUAAAGAGCCCUGUGCAUCUCUUCG